GGUGCAGUCCAAAGGGCAACAGAUUGGAGUUUGAUACAUAUUGAGCCUUCAAGAGGAAAUCGGUACAGAAGGUGUAGUGAUAAGCUAGAACACACGUAUGGUCCGAAUGGCGAUGGCAGGGAAGUUAGUGUUUGCUUUGGGGGUUUUGUUGGCCGUUGGUGCAAGGGAUGUAACUGGAGCUGUGGUCAGGACUCCGACGUGUAUCUUCCCGUACGUUCUCAAUGAUGACAGGCCCGCCCUGCAGCCUUACGACCCGGACAUUUCGGCCAAUUAUGAUUGCCCCGCGAACUACCUCAAGUUUGGAGAUGACUGUUUUCUUCCGGUUACGUUCGGACGGCUGUACGAACCGGUCGUUCCCGUCCCUUUUACUACUGCCAAGUACACCUGCCAGCGGCUGAUGGCAGACGCCACGACGCUUCUGGACCUGCGGGACCCGGAUGUCCUCCAGGCAGUCGUGGAAAUUCUCAAAGGCUCAAUACGAGUUCCAGACUACGCACUGAAGGACUUGCUGAUGUACGAGGAUAGCUGUGUGGAGCUGAGCACAAGUCAGGUGUGGGGGGAGCAGCUCUGCGUCAGGCUGUGCACCACGUACCAGCACAAGAUGGUCAUCUGCCGUCGUCCUGCCGACCCGAAGUAGCUGCCUGUAGGGAGGAUCCAUCUGAAGAUCUUGAGUAGCCAAGGGCGGGCUGUUUUAGCCGGGCGCGGUCAUUUCAUUGUAGCUCAUCGUAUAAUCAUGAUGUCGUACAAUUUUCAGGGAGGUUGUGACAGAACCAACCACGGGCUAGAAUCUUCUGUAACAAGACAGCUCACGAUUUUUCUAGACACACGCAUGACUAACCCAAGAUUGUAACAUUAGAAACGCAUGAUUAUGUUUGGUCAAAGUUAACGAAAAUUCUUUAGUAAUGCCACUAUCUAGACGCCUUAAAGGCUUGACUGACUAGAAGUCAAUAGACCGUGAAAGAAGUACAGUAUCAUGGUGAUGAGUGCAACCGCCGA